UAUUACAACUUUAUAAUAAUAUUAUUACCUUACUUGAAACAAAAUCAUAGUUGUUAAAAUAAUGAAAAAAAAAAUACAUUGAAGAUGUAUGAAUUUUGAUCGUUGAUAGGGCCAUAGGCCUGCUAUAAGUAAAAGAAUUCUAUUAAGAUUGAAAUAUUGAGUCUUAGUGCAGAUCAUCUCUUCGCAAGCUUUAAAAUAUUACUACAAAAAUAUUGACAAGUUUUACGAUGCGUACCUUUCUCCACUGAGCGAUUAAAUAUCUUAUACCUUUCUUCUCUUUUAGCACAUUUUAAUAUUUAAAUUUUUUAUACUUAAAUUUCCUAUAAUUCAUUAAAUUAGACAAAAAGUCAGAAGUACGAAUAUUCACUCAAUUGAUUUACCAUUAAAGUAAUUUCACAGUUGUGUCUUUCUCAUACUGUUAGAGACGCAGGCGCACUUCUGUCUUUUCAGCGUCGAUACUUCAUACCAGUACGCGCACGCAAUGAAUACACUUGCUCCCCAACAUAAAUGUUCUUCAACUUAAUUCGUUCUAUGCCAGGAUUAUUUGUUAAGUCGUAAUUUAAAAAUGACUUGACGGGAUUAUAUUAGAUUAAAUACUGGACAUUUCAAUUAUAAAUUAGCGUAACUAACAUUUUUAUAAUAAAAGUAUUCAAAACUUUUAAUAGUCGACUCAACUGGCAAUUUAUUAAAUUCAAACAUGCGUCACAAUGUCCGAUUCGUCCGUCGGUUCUUCACAAGUAAUACAAUUUAUAAUUUAUUACAAAGAAUCAAAAGCGAUGAUCGAAAUGUUGUGACUUGUUUAAAAUUCUUUGUAUGUAUAUAUAUGUACAUAUAUUUAUAUACAUAUAUUAUAUUAUUUAAACUUAUAUAUAUAUAUUAUUAUUGUAAUUAUAUUAUAUAAUGCAAUUAUAUUAUUAUUGCAUGCUGUCGAAUGCUGUCAACUACGAAAAAUACUCAAUACUAUAAUAUUUACCGUUAAUGCAAGUACAAUGUUGAUACUGUAAUAGUAUAUAUUAUUGUAUUGAGUAUAUCUGUAGUUGGUAGCCCGCAACUACAUAUCUUAUUGAAUAUAUUACUUUUUUGCAGUGUAUAUUUGCCUAUCAAUAUGCAUCAUUCACAUAACGUAGUAAUUUUAUUUUAGUCAAAUAAGAACAUUGUAAAGCAUUGUGAAAUCUCUUUAAUUAAACAAACUAGUGUUUUGCAUGUAUGUGUGUACAUGUGAGUUUGAUUUUUAGAAAAUAAAGUAAGUGAGUUUUUUCACAAAAAGAGAUCUCAUUUUGUGUAUAUCAAUUUUAAUUUAACUGGUUGCAAUUGAAACUUUGCAUCAAUAUUAUAUAACAAAAUUGCCAUUAGAUUUUUACCUCCUCCAUAAAAUCAGUUUAUUACUAUAGUGCACAUUCGCCAUAUGGCGAGAUAAAGAUGGAACAUACGCUAUUCAAUUCAUAGCUUCGUAAUCAAGUAAUAAUCACCAUGCGUGAGACACUCGAUGCCGCGUGGCAUUAAAAUACAUAAAACUGCAAUAUUGUAACAAAUUCAAUUGAACCAACGAAGUGUUACGAAUAAAAAAAUAAUUAAUUCUCAUCAGUUCUCUUGACACAGCUUAAAUUCCAUCUUCUCGUGUCCGCAAAAUUGAGUAGAUAAUUAAAGAUAUUAAUUUCAAUGCAGUAAUCUUUUUCUUCCAUUCUUGUACUUCCGUGUAAAUAAUCGAAAAAUAACUGACAUUGUGUGUAGAAAAUCAACGGCACAAACUUCAAAGAGAGAGGAAAAACUGAGUAUUUAAAAAAAUCACUCAAGGACUCGAGCAAAAGGAAAAAAGAAGAUAAUAAUGUGCAACCUAACGUAUUCAACCAGAGUGAUUAAAUACAUCUGGUCCAUCAGAUAAACAGAAAUAAGAGUUUUUGUCUAUUAAAAUUAUUUUGAAUUUGGAUCCUGCAAUUAAAGCCCGCUUUUCCACACUUCAGCCUCGCUUUCUGUCAACUUUUCGGACCGUUUUGCAGUUCAACGUUAUCAAGAAACGCGAAUAUGAUUAGCUCAAUUACAUUAUCGCGAUUGAUAAACUGCGUACACACAUUUGACGUGUCUCGGGUCUACGAAUCUCGUUUCCACCAGCUGAUAUUACGGUAGCACCGGUGCCAGCCCGGGCGACCGGUGAAUGACGGUCUACAAGCUGGAGGACUGUGGUCACGCUUGGCUAACCAAGACAAUCGGGAUCAACGGUCAGUCGCGCGCCAGCGUGUAUCCUUGUUGCACCGGGAGUCGUGCAUCACCCGCGGACUUUCCUCCGCGUGCUUUCUAUCAUCCGCACGUCAUUUCGCUCUUCGUCGAGGCGGCGUCAAGUGGUCUGUUCUACGUCGCGUCCCAGUUUAGAGAUUGGCGUCUUCGUCCUAUGUGGCGCGAGCUUUGCGACAUCAGAUCCUCACCGGGGACACCGCGAAGAAAGGCUUCAUCAUCGAACGCGUAGAUAAGACCCAUAGAGAUUCAAUCUGUCCCGGUCAGUUGUUGCUUAACGCACAUUCAGGCUAGAAUGAACGGCGGCGAGCAUUAUGCGCAAGUUACCACGGCUCGCGUUCGUCCUGCUCAUCGGUAUGACAGCUGCGAUUUUCUGCACGUUGCUGUCCUCGGGUUUUCUCGUUGUCGACCGAAGGUCUUCCGCGUUGCGAAAGGAACAGGUGUCCAUAAAAGAGGAAAACGAAGGAAAUAGAAGGUCUAUCUCUGGCUCCCGGGGACUAUCCAACGCGCGACAAUUCGCGAGGAUGGUGUCUCUGGAUGCGCAUCUCCUGGGGAGAGGCUUCACCGAUGAGCAGGUAGAGAGUAUGACUCCCCUUGGGAAAUGGUUAUUAGCACCGGAAGGGAGUCCACCCCCGCAGUCGAACGCCAAUAAAACCUAUUUGAUCUUAAUUUGGAAGCACGGGCAGUUCCUGGAACGCAGGCACAUCAGACGUUUUACGUCCACUAAGUUUUCACCGUGGGAUCAAUGUUCAGUACGGAAUUGCAGGCUGAGUUACGACGAAAGGGAUCUGCAUCGAGCGGACGCCGUGGUGUUCCAUUUGCACUUCACGAGGAAUCCGUCGGAGUUACCGGCGAGAAGUCGGACGGAUCAACGUUGGAUCUUCCUGACAGACGAGUCGCCCUAUCACACGUUUUUGUACGGCCACCAGAGAUUAUCGAGCUACGACGGUCUGUUCAACUGGUCCAUGUCCUACCGAAUGGACAGCGACGUACCGGUUCCUUACGGAAGGACGAUACGAGUCGCCGGCAGUUAUUCGACCAAACGCUGGAACGCUAUCGUAAAGACCAAGACCAAACUAGUCGCUAUAAUGGGCAGCAACUGCGGCGGCCGCAACGGACGGUGGUCCUACGUGAAGGCGCUCAAGUCGUCGCUCCGCGGCGACCUGGACGUCCUCGGGAAAUGUCUGGACGGUAACAGGACCGUCUGUCCCGGCCACUUCGACCAAGACUGCCCUGCCUUGGGCGCGUACAAGUUCUAUCUGUCGUUCGAGAACUCCAAUUGCCGGGAGUACCUGACGGAGAAGGUGUUCUGGAACGCGUAUCACAAGUUCGCGGUCCCAAUAAUAAUGGGAGCAUCGCGGCAGGACUGCCAGCGACUGUUGCCGCCGCGCUCCUACCUCCACGCGGACGACUUUGCGGACGCAAACGCGCUCGCCGACUACCUCAGGUAUUUGGACCGCGACGACGAGCGUUACGUCGGCUAUCAUGAGUGGCGCGACCGCUACCGGGUGAUCAACGACCACGGUUACUUCGGCAGCGUUUCCAGGCACUACUGCCGCGUAUGCGAGGCGUUGCAUUACAACCCCGCCGUGCCGAAGGUCUACGCCAGGCUCGAGCGCUUUUGGAGCAAGGAAAGGGACUGCGUUCCAGCUAGCGCUUAGGCUCCGCGUUCUCUCCACGAUCUUAUCUAGUCUUUGUGAAGUGUAGACGGGUGUUAAUAAUUAAUAUAAUUAAAUUUAUUAUUAAUUGCAGAUGAAGCUUUCGUCAGUGACUUGAAAAUUUCAAUAAGCUACUUUAAAUGCAUUUUGAAGUUGUGGAAUUUAAAGUUAUGUAGAUUAUAACUCGAUUUAAUUAUGUUGUUACUGGUAGUUAGUUAUUCUUAAUAAUAAAUUUAAUAUUUAAUAAUAAAAUGCUUUUCUUCCAAUAAACAAAACAAACAUUAAUCAUCUAUAAAAUAACUAUUAGAAUCUUCUUUCUCUCACCGAUGGAAAAAAGAUUCAUUUUUUUAUAUUUCAAAUUAUUCUACAAAUCCUUAAAAAAUGACAUAUGUAUUAUUUCAAUAUAAGUUAUUUUUACUAUAUGCAACAUCAGUAUUUGAUAUUUAACAAGUGCAAAUCUUUUUGCGUACAUUUAGAGCAUAAAAUUAAACCUAAUAAAAAAUUGUAUACGUAAAAAUGAUAAAAAUAAUUAUAUGCGAAAGACGACACACAUGUGGUAAUUGGUGCAUUAUUAUUCUUUUAUAUAAAAUGCGUAUAGAGAAUUGCAACGUGACCAAGUUUCCGCAUGCAUGAUAGAUCCGUACUUAUCGCCGGAAAAACGGAGUUCUGAAAAAAUUCGAUAUAUCCUUUCGAUUUCACCGGCAUGUACGAAGGAAAGCCACGCGUUUCGCACGCGGAGGAGAAUCUUUCGAGUCGAUACGAGAUGCAUCCGAAGGAUCAUGAAGGAUCCCUCGUUUGCGCGGCGUUCAUUCAAAUUUGAAUGAUUUAAAGAUCUCCUUCGAGGAGAAUCCUUCCGCCGUAGACGAGUCUCGCCGAGAUUCGAGAUCGUCUAUGAGGAGCGAGAUGGAAAACGCGUGGCCGUGAUUAGAAGGAAAAUGCGAGGCGAGAGAAAGAGAGAGAGAGAGAGAGAACUCGCGGUGCCGCGCGAUGCAACGACGCGUUGACGUCGUCGUCACCCGGCGGAGAGAGGGACAAGAUGAUACCCACGCUGACGCGGGGCGGAAGUACAGAGCGAUAGACGGCGACUCCGUACGUUGCAAAUGGCAGACGGUGCGUGAUUAUACCCCGCUGCGAAAAAACCGUCGUUACGUUUUGCGUCGCGUCUACCGUCGUGACUGGUCUCGCUGGCUAAGCGAGGAAGCGAAUUUCAGCUGUCCCGGAGGGUUGCCCGACGCGUCGCGUCGUGCACGUAGGUCACGUCAACCAGGUUCUCCCCCCCCCCCCCCGGAUUCACAGCUGAAGGUAGCGGCCGGCGAGAGCGAACGGGCGGGUGAAACUGCGUUUUCGGAGAGGACGAGGAGUCCGUGGUAUACCGGGAUCGGGACGACUCAGGAUCGAGAUGGCGAGGCUAGUGAAUGUCUGGCGGGACAACGUUCCGAUGGAGCUGGCGAGCAAGCAAAUGCCGCUGAUCGUCGACGAAAACCUGACGGUAAGCGCGCUGGCGCGCGCGCGCGCGCGCCCGCGUGCGACACGCGAUUUUCCACUGUUGAACGUUGACCGGCGUGACUCCUGGGGCACGUCGUCGACGACGUCGCUUCACGACGUGACCGGAGCGUUGUACGUGGUUCGCUCCGGGGUUCGCUGUCAACCUAUCCUUUAACCUAAAACACGUCACGAUCAGCCGUUAGAAGGGCGGGGAGAAA